AUGACUAACUCUAUCCAGCCCCAACGCGCCCUCACCUACGUCAAGCAGCGCUACCCCAAGGCGCAAUUCGAGACAGCCUUCUUGAAGUGCUUCGAGACCAUGUGGUACGGCCAGCUGGAUAUCUCCAAGCCCGAGAACCUCGCAACGGCCCUGAGUGGCGUAUUCCCCGCGGACGAGGCCAAAGAGAUCAUCGCAGCAGCGUCGAGCCCGAAAAUCAAGGCCGACCUUGCAGCUACCACGGAGAAGGCUUUCAAGGAGCUGGGGGCCUUUGGGUGUCCGUGGUUUUGGGUUGUGAAUGGAGAGGGCAAGGGGGAGCCAUUCUUUGGUAGUGAUCGGUUCCACUUCAUGUGGGAUUAUUUGGACCUGCCGCAUGAGAAUCUCAAGUUGAAGGCGAAGAUUUAG